AUGUUUUCAUUAAUUAAACAUCUUCUGGUUUGCUUGGAAAUUCUAAUAAUUUGUCAAAUAAUUUCAAUAAGUAAUGGACAAGAAAUUAUCAAAAUUACCAAAAAUGAGAAUGCUAUUGACAAUAAUAUUACUUUAAGUGAUAAUAAUGAAAACGUUAAUUAUGACGUUAACAUUAAGCACAACAUUACGAAUCAGAAUCAAACAACAGCUGCUGAUAAGAAUUUUAUCGACCAAAUAACAUUUCGUCUGCCGAACAAUACAAUACCACUGUUAUAUGAUUUGUAUUUUAAUUUCAGUAGCAAUUAUACAAAUAAUGAGGAAACGAAUUUUACAGGGCAUACAAAUAUAAAAGUUCUGGUAAUAGAAUCAACCCGUUACAUUGUGUUGAGUGCAAAAGGAUUAAUGAAUUUUAAGGUGCAUGUAACACAUUUGAGUUUGCUGCAGAAUAAUAAAAAGACAGGACUUUAUUUCGUUGCUACUGACGAGUCAGUUAUAUCAACUAUUGAUACAGAUAUUUUAACAACUGGUAAAGGUAGGAUAGUCACAAAUUUACAAUUUGAACCAAGUUAUGGCAAACCAGUAGUACUAACAUACUUUGAACCAACUUAUGCCAAAACAGCAUUUCCAUGUUUCGAUGAACCUUUUUUUAAAGCGAAAUUUGUUGUUCAGCUAACUUAUUCUAGUGAUUAUCGUGCCAUUUCCAACACUCCAAUUGAAUUCGAUUAUGUAAUAGAAAAUUCAGACCAAGACACUUCUCCAACAAGAACAACAAAAUUUAUGGAAUCACCAUUAAUGUCAUCUUAUCAACUAGCUUUUGUUUUACACCCUAAUCAUUCACAUGUUUCAAUAGAACGAAAUAAUAUAACAUAUUCGCUAUAUUACACUGAUUAUGAGGCAAAGACGAAAAAUGUCGAAAUAUUAAGGCAUACAGUAAAGGAGGUAGCUCGUAUUAUGUCGAGUUUAGAAGAACUCUUUGAAAUACCUUUCCCUUUACCAAAAAUGGAUAUGAUAGGCGUUCCAAAAACAACAGGCUUGGCUAUCGAAAAUUGGGGUCUUCUAAUAUUUAAUCAAGAAAAAGCUUUUUUGGAUAUAACCUGUAAAACUAUUGAAGACCAUUAUAGAACAGUUAUAUUUACCCAUGAGCUGGUUCAUCAAUGGUUUGGAAAUUUAGUAACAACACAAUGGUGGUCAACAACAUGGUUAAAUGAAGGUUUUGCGUCACAUUAUGGAAUUUUUUUAGCAAUGAAGCUUUUUCCAGAAUGCGGGAUAUCCCAGGACUAUGCGCAUUUAGACAUGAGGUUAUUGAAAUUCCAUGUAACUAAUAAACAUCCUAUCUCAAACUAUGUCGAAACUGAUGAUGAAAUUUUAGCAAAUUUUAGUCCUACAUCUUAUAACCAAGAUUUUUUUAAAACCUGGGCUCAUAAUUUUGAUGUUCCUGAAGUAACAGUAAUUAGAAAUUAUAAAACAAAUGAAAUCAUUUUAAAACAAUCUUCAAUGACAAAAAAUUCUUCAGAUCUAUGGUAUAUACCAUUGAAUUUCGCAACAGCUACACAAUUUAAUUUUAGUGAUACACAUUUUACUUACAUAAUGAAUGCAACCGAUGACUCCGUAAAAGUAGAUGCAGAGGUAGAUUUAAAUCUCAAUUUAAAAGAGAGUGAUUGGCUGUUUGUAAACAAGAAAGGAAUUGGUUCCUACUCAGUGAAAUAUGAUAAAGCUAAUUGGUUACUCUUAGCCAAAACACUUCAACAAAAUUAUGAAGUUUUUGAUUCAAGUAGCAGAAUUUUUAUUUUAAUAGAUGUACUUACCUAUUUGCGAAAAGCUGAUUUCGAUGAAAAUUUUGAUAUGGAAGUUGUAUUGGAAAUUUUGUCUUAUCUUGAGUUUGAAAAGGAUAUAGCAGUUUGGUAUCACGUUCAAUAUUGGUUGAUCAACGGAAACACAUAUUGUACUGAUGACAUUGAGUUUGCAAAUGAAAUUGUUAAAAUUAUUAUAAACCGAUUAAGUUCUAAUGAAGAAGAAGAUUUUAUGUAUAUUAUCUUACAAAAUUUUCUUGGUCCUGAUGCAUCUCCAUCAUGGAAUUUAGUAAUAGACAAUAUUGAAAGCAAUUUUGAAAAAAUGAUGCAAAAUGAAGAUGCAUUUGAAGAAAUAUUAGAAACUAUAGUUGCGAUGCCUUACACCCCCGAAUAUGAGAAGAAGAUUGAUAAAAUUAUUCAAAGAUAUCAGAAAGAAAAAACAUCAGAAAGUGAAGUCAUAUUGGACAGAUCGACAACACAAAUUUCAAAAUACAGAAAAUAUGAAAAACAAGUUUCCGUUUGGUUAACCAAUUAUUUCCAUAAUAAUGAAAACCGUUUAUAA